CGGUCCUUGAAAAGGGUCAUGGGACUGUAUCAUCGACUCAAAGAUUCUCCAUCAACACUGUCUGAAUCUUCUUGCGACUCGGCUACGAACACCUAAUGCCCAGAAAAGUUCUCAUUGGAUUUGGCGUAGAUGUCGAUGCUGUGGCUGGUUGGCUUGGGUCCUAUGGAGGAGAAGAUUCUCCGUUGGAUAUUUCACGAGGAAUGUAUGCGGGAGAAGUUGGAGUACCCCGCCUUCUGAAGCUAUUUGAUAAGUAUAAGAUUAAGACAACCUGGUUCAUCCCCGGACAUAGCUUGGAGACGUUUCCAAUGCAAAUGGAAGCAGUUCGAGAUGCCGGUCAUGAAAUAGGUCUUCAUGGAUAUUCCCAUGAGAACCCUGUCUCUAUGACCCUGGAACAACAGCGGGACAUUUUGGACCACACCUACAAGCUUCUUACGGAUUUCAAUCACGGUGUUCCUCCGAAGGGCAGCGUCGCCCCUUGGUGGGAAACCAGCAAGGAGGGGACGACCUUGUUGUUAGAAAAGGGCAUUGAAUAUGAUCACUCCAACAUGUCCCACGAUUCGCAGAUGUAUUAUCUUCGUGAUGAAGAUACAUGGACGAAGAUUGACUACCAGGCGCAAGCUCACACAUGGAUGAAGCCGCUACAACGGGGUAAGGAAACAGGACUCGUCGAGAUUCCUGCUAACUGGUACCUUGACGAUCUUCCCCCGAUGAUGUUCAUUAAGUCGAGCUCAAACUCGCAUGGUUGGGUUAACACUCGAGAUGUCGAGCAGCUUUGGAAAGACACUUUCACUUAUCUGUAUAGAGAAGAGGAAGAUUUUGUGUUCCCUCUCACGAUUCACCCAGAUGUCAGCGGUCGUCCACACGUGCUUCUUAUGCUGGAGCGUUUCAUUGAAUGGGUCAAUACCCACGAUCACGUACACUGGGUAACCUUACACGGGAUGGCUCAAGACUUUAGAGCCAGUAAAGAACCAGCACCGGGUGCCGUAAUGCCUAAAGGCUUCGCACAACGUUUGUGAAAUGCUGUACAUCGUGUUGUAGAAGACUUCUUCACGUGGAUGAAUAUUGAAUGACGCGAGUCAGUGUUCCAUAAACUCGGUUUGAUCAUCUACACGUGUAGAAGGCCCCAAGAGAU